GGCUUUGUCUGCACUUGCCUCAGGAAUUCAUCUCGUUGGAAUGUCUGAGCCUACAAGCUGUCCUGAUGAAAUGCCCUUUAAUGUGGUGCACCGACGGAGAAGGCAUAUUCGCACUCGUUCUGUUGGUAUGAGUAUAGAAAACGCCAAAUACUUUCGUCAUCCUCUUGUCUUAUCCAAAGCAACGCCUUCGCCUCCCCCUGCCGCGGAGACCCCUCUGCUAAACCACCGCCGUUCUGCUAGUUAUUGCGGAGCUGGGGAUAAUCUCUUCGUGAAUGCAACCCGAGCGAUGGAGCAAGCAGAGGAGUUCAUGAUACAACUAUGGGAGCGUGUUGGUUGGCGCGUUGUGCACUAUUCUCACCUGCCUGAGUGGCUGCGAGAUAAUGAUUAUCUCCAUUGGGGACAUCGACCCCAGCUCACCUCCUUUGAACAGUGCUUUCGCUCCAUUUUUCGCAUACACACCGAGACGGGAAAUAUUUGGACUCACCUUAUUGGUUGUCUGUGUUUCCUCGUCCUGUGUAUUUCUUUCCUCGUACAUCCCGGCCUUGAUUUACCAUGGGACGAGACCCUUGUAAUUACAUUCUUCUUCAUCAGUGCCAUUCUCGCACUUGGUUUCUCUUGGACCUUCCACACCGUCUAUUGUUAUUCCGAACCCGUUGGUCGUCUCUUCAGCAAAUUGGAUUAUAUGGGCAUCGCUUUAUUGAUAAUAGGUUCGUUUGUACCUUGGAUACAUUAUUCCUUCUAUUGUCACGUCCCUUCCAAGAUCGUAUACCUUAGUGGGAUCAUCAUUUUGGGCGUAAUUUGCAUGGUAAUCAGUAGCCAGGACCGCUUUUGCACACCGAAGUAUCGCAGUGUUCGUGCAGGUUUGUUUCUUAGCCUUGGUCUUUCGGCGGUUGUGCCAUUUGUGCACUAUGUAUUCCUGGAGGGAUUCUGGAACACUAUCAAUUCCUCUGGUGUGGGCUGGCUGGCCCUCAUGGCCUUACUCUAUAUUACUGGUGCUCUUAUCUAUGCCUUUCGUAUUCCCGAGUGUCUCUAUCCUGGAAAAUUUGACAUUUGGUUUCAAAGUCACCAGAUCUUUCACGUCUUCGUAGUUUUGGCUGCACUGGUUCAUCUAAACAGUAUUCUACAGAUCGCAGAGUAUCGCCACUCGAGGCGUGAAUGCAGCACUUCUCCAUAG